CGCUACGCAGCACUGUGCGAGCACGCGCAGAUCAGAUGUCGGCAGGAAGAUGUUGACGUUGUUUCAACCCUGACGCUGGAUAUCCGUUUCUCCGAAGAGCUGCGGGAAUAUUAAAGGCAAAUAAUGGGAAGGAGUACAUGCGUUGUCUCGUAUGCUGAAAGCUCGGAGCGCAGACUUUUCCUUCUCGGCGGUAAAUCCAGAGGCGACUAGCUGCGUUGCAGCAAGCUAGCUAGCUAGCUAGCGACAUCGCAGCCCCCUUUCUUGUGGCCCUCGGCGCUCCCUCCCAGCUGCACCUAGCAUCCCGUCGCUUGCACAACCAGGAAAAAUGGUUUACCUGUUAAAUCCCAUAGAGAACCUAAGAGGCUACAUCAACAACCGUCCACCUCUGGUCAUUUUCAUGAUCAGCGUCAGCGCCGUGGCCAUCGCCUUCCUCACCAUCGGUUAUUUCUUUAAGAUCAAGGAGAUAAAGUCUCCAGAACUGACGGAGGACUGGAACACGUUUCUGCUGCGCUUCAACGACCUGGAUCUCUGCGUGUCGGAGAACGAGACGAUAAAGCACGGCCUGAACGAGUCGACUACUCCAGAGAGCUUGGUGGUGACCAGCGGUCAGGCGCGCUCCAGCACCCAGCCGCCGCUGCUGCUGGAGGACUCGGGUCCCAUUAACAUCUCCGUCUCCAUCACCCUCACGCUGGACCCCCAGCGCCCGUUCGGAGGCUAUUCUCGCAAUAUCACCCACCUGUACGCCACAGUGCUGGGGCAGCAGGUCGGCCUGUCAGGCCGCGAAGCCCACGAAGAAGUCAACAUCACGUUCACGCUGCCGGCGUCCUGGAACUCGGACGACUGCGUGCUGCACGGCCACUGCGAGCAGGUGGUGUUCAGCACGUGCAUGACCAUCACGGCAGCCAGCAAUAUCUUCCCGGUCACAGUGCAGCCGCCCCACUGCAUGCCAGAGACGUACACCAACGCAACGUCUUGGUACAAGGUGUUCACCACCGUCCGCGACUCGGACACCAAGUACAGUCAGGACUACAACCCCUUCUGGUGUUACAAAGGAGCCAUUGGCAAAGUGUAUCACGCUCUUAACCCCAAGCUCACCGUCAUCGUUCCAGACGACGACCGCUCCCUCAUCAACCUCCACCUGAUGCACACUAGCUACUUCCUGUUUGUCAUGGUCAUCACUAUGUUCUGCUAUGCAGUCAUAAAGGGGCGGCCUGGCAAAGUGCGACAGCCCAACCCCGACUUCUGUCCUGAGAAGGUACAACAGACACCAGCAGUGCUUUAUGACCUCAACAGGUGGCGCUGUCAGAGGGUUAAAAAGACGCCGGAGAGCUCUGCCAAAAGUUACCUGUAACAUGGACUCAGAGACACAGAAGGAAUAAAAAAAAUAAAAAAAAAUACACAUCCCAGUUGCCUAGUGAUCCCUGGAAAUACAAUAAGGGGCACAAUCGCUCUGUGAAUGCAUUACUCUCGCAAUGUUGGGUUCCUCCAACCAAAGAUAUACAAGUGCCUGUAUCUGUGGUGUAAAUAUUUGUUGGAUAUUCUGUGCAAAAACCUCUUUCUUGUUUUUUUUUUUUUUUGUUUGGGACUGUUUAGCGCCCCCCCCCCCCCCCACUGAGCCCUUUCUGGGUCCACAUGUGCAAUGCCAGGACUACUAGAUAAACAGAUAAUAACUCUACAGUCUCAUCUUUAAACAGAUUUCUGAGGCAUGUUGGGUCAUUUUAGUUUAUAAUUGAUGACGAUGUUGGGGUGUAUGUUGAAAUGGCCGUCUUUCCUGAAAAACAGGCGCAAAACACAACCAAAUCUGGUCAAAAACUUAAUUCAUCCAGUUGAUUUAAAGUACAAUUUUAUUUUUUUUUCCUGGAAAACUUCCUCAUUUUCUGUCUUAAGUGUGGAGGACAUUGCACCGUGUCCGUUAGUAUAGAUAAAAUAUCUGCAGUAGGGAGUCCAGUCCUCUCCGGUUGAGCUUUGCUGCGUUUUAAAAGCAGCUGAAUAAGCUGUAAAACUUCUCUGUGUGGUUUGUGUUGCCAUGAGCAGUUUUCACCCUGAAGACAUCUCUUGUCUUUUGUUUUUCCUUCGUCAGUGUCUUUCAUCACCCAUCAAUAUUUUAACUAGCAUCUUCCCAGCCGCAACUGGAAUACAAUAAAUAAAAAAAAAAUAAAACAACGCAAUAACAUCUUGCCUUACCAGAGGUGGACCGGCUAAAUCAGAGGAGACCUCGUUAUCUGGCCCGUCCGCCUUCGUACCUUCACAACCAAAAUGUUUCUUUGGUUCGCUCUUCCACAAUUUUAGGCCUGCUGUUGCUUUUUUUGGUUGUUUUGUUUUUUAUUUAAAGCUCCAGUGUGUUGUGUGUAUAUAGUGACCCCCGGUGGCACAAUUGAGAAACUGCAACCAAACCAGCACCCCAGAAACUACGUUAUCAUGGAGAGAAGGCAGAUUAUUAGAAAUACCGUAAUUAUUCCUGCAUAAUAAAAGCAAUACAUUUUUUUUUCACUUUUAUCUAAAUAUUCACCCAUUUCUUUAUUUUUUUUCUCACCCCAUGAUGUCACACACUGGAACUUUGACUCAACAUUCAAAUCAUCUUUGGAUUUUAGCAUUUUCUGAGAAACCCGAUGGUGCAAUUUCACAUCGGUUGCACAUCUAUGUUGAGUGCGCCUUCAUAUUUCUGGCACAUUUUGUCCCCCGCACACCUUUCAUAAGAUCACUCUGUCUGAAGUUGAACAACCUGGUUAGCAUCCGUGUAAAAAGGAAUAUAGUAACUUACUAGCUAGUUCUAAUAAAAGGUAAAACACAAAUAAAUGAACCGCUUGACUGCGUCCUUCCUAAAGAAGAAAAGGUGGAAUUACAUUUAUGUUGAGGACAAUUUAAAAAAAAAUAAAAAUAAGGAAACACUUGCCAGCACUCGCAGAUGCGUUUCUACAUAAGUGUUGCUGACCUGUUAAUUGCGACUGCUUCACUGCGUUUAAUAUACGUUCCACAUAUUUAUGAUUGAACACAAAUCUGUUAAAAUGUGCAAAAACCCACAUCUGUGUGAAUAAACGUGAGCAUGGGAGACGUGUAGAUAAAUAAAAGUGGCUGUAGAUGGACAUUCUCUGAAGUUCUCCUUCACAGAGACCGUUUGGUUUUAAAACUGGAAAGAUAAAAGCUGAUUCCUAUCCAGUGGGUUCGCUUCCUGUCUUUAGAGAAACAAAACAGGAUCAAAAUGUGUGACUCAUGCAGGAUUUUUGAUCCUGAUAUUUAUAAAACUGGGACUAUGUUGGGAUUUAGAGAGCAGAGGGAGAAACUGCGGCCGUCUUUGCAGCAGAAACACGGAUUCCUUGAACAAAAAAAGUCGUUGGACGUCACAUAAGAUAAGAAAAUUCUGAAAUCUUUCAAUUUAAACCAAUUUGAUCCACUUAUUUUUUUAAACACUUGCACAAUUUAUACAUCAAACUUGGGCCUUUCUGUUCGUUUUCACUCAACGUGUCUUUUGCUGCUGUUUUCUGUUAAAUACACCCAGACUGAGGAGUGUAAAUCACUCCCAUUAUGUUCCUUUUUUGUCCAAACUGGAACUGAAAGCUUUCCUUAACCCAUGGCAUCUCCGGCUUUAAACACUGCAGCGACGUAAUAAUUCCCACGCCGCUCAGAGUUUUGGAGCAGUUGCUGUUUUUCUAGGGGCUUAAAUUUCUUUUUGAUGAACUCAUUUAUCAAAAAUGCAUUGGCUGCAUCGGUAUCCUUCCUCUCACAUUUGUUGAUUUUCUUCUAUAACAGGAAAAUAAACUAACUUUAUUAUGAUCUCACCUCCAAACGGUCUCUAUGGAGGAGAAGCAGAGAAAUCUAAGGUCUACUGCGUCGCCGCUUACGUUUUAAGGUUUUGUUUCCCAGUAGCAGUUACUGGUAACUUUUGACUUACCUCUGUACUAUAAUUUUGUUUCAUAUUUAAUGUACCUGUUGAAUGUACUUUUUAUAAGCAGCAUAAUCUAAAUCUGAGAUGCAACAAUUCCAAGUGAGUUUAAACUAUAUUUGUUUUUUUGUUUUUUUCCAGUUUGAAAGGCUUUACUUGAAUCCUGUUUUUGUUUGAGUGGUAUUUACAUGACAUUUAUGUUCUAAGAUGUGUCUUUUCUGUGGUAAAUUUAAUUUUCUUGUAUCAAAUGCUCUUGUUUUUUUUUGUUUUGUUUGUUUGUUGGUGAAUGGUUGAAAGCUGUUUUUGUUUUCUGAAUGAUACUGUUGUACAAGUCUUCCUGAUUCGGCUGUCGAUCAAUCUGUUAACUUUAUCAUCUUUAUUUGCUUUCACAGCUGAUUUAUCAGAUUUUUGCUUUGGAGUCUGGCAGCUCUUUUUUCUGUUUUUGUUUUUUUGGACAGGCAGAAACUUCGGGUGGCAUCUGGGUGAUAGUUGUUGCCAAACUGUCGUUUUUAUCAUCUUGCAGCCUGAGUUUUCCUGCUUCCUAUCCAUCCUUGAGUGAUUUCUAUCGAUAGAAUUGCCUCUGAAUUUUUCUGCAGAUUGCCUUAACGUUGCCCAGUUUUGCUUUUCUUUGCUACGCAUAUUGUAAAACGCACCGGCUUAAGAAACAAAUCAAGUGAUCACUUACAAGGUUUUCAAUGCAGUUUUAUUCCAUCGUAUCACGCUCCUUUUUAAGUUGAACCGUUUUGAACUGAUGGUUGCUUUAUAAACAACUUUGAAUGCAGUGCUGCCAUUACUCCGUCGUAUCCUCCCCGUCACGUUAGCAGCGCUUUUACGCAAGUAUUAAGCCAACUCUGUGCCUUCUGCACUGUCCAGCUGCAUCCUCCUCCCUGUACAUACACUAGGUCGGACCGUAGGUCUUCAUGUGGCUAAGGCGUCAUUCAAACCCCCCCCCCCCCUUUUUCUCUCUUCAGUGGAACUGCUGUAAAUGAAUUCAGAUUUAAAUAAAUAAAAUUGUCUCAAAGGUU